AAAAUUUUCAGCUAAAUACAAACACUAAUUAAGUGAAUAAGAUGGGAGGACUCAGCAUCUCUCUCUGUUCUUGUUUCAUCUUAUUGCUUCUCUCCACAGCAAAUGCCAAAGUCCACUACCACGAUUUCGUCGUGCAAGCAACCCCAGUGAAGAGGCUGUGCAAGACUCAGAACGCGAUCACGGUUAAUGGAAUGUUCCCGGGGCCCACGCUGGAAGUUAACAAUGGCGAUACUCUAGUGGUUAACGUUGUCAAUAGAGCUCAGUACAAUGUAACCAUUCACUGGCACGGUGUGAGGCAGAUUAGGACUGGAUGGGCUGAUGGACCGGAAUUUGUGACUCAAUGCCCUAUAAGGCCGGGAGGGAGUUACACUUACCGGUUCACCAUCCGAGGACAAGAAGGUACUCUUUGGUGGCACGCGCACAGCUCAUGGCUCAGAGCUACAGUCUACGGAGCUUUGAUCAUUCGCCCGAAACAAGGAGACUCCUAUCCCUUCCAAAAGCCAAAGCGCGAAACUGCCCUUCUUCUUGGUGAAUGGUGGAAUGCUGAUCCAAUCGCGGUUAUUAGGCAAGCCACGAGAACAGGAGCCGCUCCCAACGUUUCCGAUGCUUACACAAUCAAUGGCCAGCCUGGAGACCUCUACAAUUGCUCUAGUAAAGAUACAUUGAUAGUGCCGGUGGACUCUGGCGAGACGAAUCUCGUUAGAGUUGUGAACGCCGCGCUGAACCAGCAACUCUUCUUGAAAAUCGCCAAUCACAAGCUGACGGUGGUUGCAGCUGACGCCUCUUACGUUAAGCCCUUCACCACCUCAGUGCUCAUGCUCGGGCCAGGCCAGACCACCGACAUCCUAAUCACCGCUGAUCAGCCACCUGCGAGAUACUACAUCGCAGCAAGAGCCUACGCUAGUGCACAAGGCGCACCAUUCGAUAACACCACAACCACAGCCAUCCUCGAAUACAAAUCUGCCCCCUGCCCGGCUAAAGGCGCCAAUGUCAAGCCAGUCAUGCCAAGAAUGCCAGCUUUCAACGACACUGCUACUGCGACCGCCUUCACAACCAGCUUCAGAAGCCCGGGACGAGUUGAAGUACCCACUAAGAUCGAUCACAAUCUCUUCUUCACCGUUGGACUAGGCCUCAACAACUGUCCCCCUGGCGCCAGUAGUAGUACCUGCCAGGGUCCGAAUGGCACUCGUUUUACCGCCAGCAUGAACAACGUAUCUUUCGUGCUACCAUCCACUUUAUCCUUGCUUCAAGCACAUCAACAGCGCAUGCCUGGUGUCUUCACCACAGACUUUCCAGCAAGCCCCCCCGUAAGAUUUGAUUAUACCGGGAACGUCAGCCGCUCACUCUGGCAGCCUGUUCCAGGGACUAAACUCUACAAGGUACGAUACGGAGAAACAGUGCAGUUAGUACUGCAGGGAACAAGCAUCUUCACCGCCGAAAACCACCCAAUCCAUCUCCACGGCUAUGAUUUCUACAUACUUGCAGAAGGAUUCGGAAAUUUCAAUCCAAGCAGAGAUUUAGGCAAAUUCAAUCUCAUAGAUCCUCCUCUACGGAACACAGCAAGUGUUCCUGUUGGUGGAUGGACAGUAAUCAGAUUCUUGGCAGACAAUCCAGGGGUAUGGCUGAUGCAUUGUCACUUGGAUGUUCACAUCGGGUGGGGUCUAGCAACGGCUUUCCUAGUAGACAACGGUGUUGGCGAACUGGAGACACUUGAGGCGCCUCCACCCGAUCUUCCGGCUUGCUAGCUAACCUCGAUCAUUUCUUUCUGUCCUGCAAGAAGGGCAACCAAUAUUUUUCAACCACACACCAUAUGAGUUCUAUUGUUGUUUGUUUUUACCCAACAUUUGGGGCUACAUUCUAGUUUUUCCUUUCCAUUUAAUUACUUUACUUACAUAUAUACAACACCCUCAAGU